GCUCUCCCCGAGCGUCGGCCUCCACUGUCCCCUCCUCCAGCUUCUGCUCCUCCUCCUGCUCCUCCCAUCUUCGGAUCCCGGCACUAAAACGUCUGUCUGCAAGGUCCUCUGAGCGCUGCAGCCACGAGCUGCCGCCACCGCCGGGUCUCUCUCGGUGAGUGCUUGUGUCCCUUCCCGGCUCGUCCGCCCCGGAGGUAACUGGAGAUUUGCUCCAAGGGGAUCAGAUGCUCGGAGGUGGUGCUGCCCAUGGCCCGGCCGGAGAGAAGAUUGAGGGAGCCUGACCGGCUGGACUGGUAAACGACUCAGUAAUUGACAACUGGAGACACUCAUGUUCCAGUAAUCAAAAGGCAUCCCUGCCGCCACUUCAUGAUCCAGGAGCGUGUGGCCCAGUGAAGUUCCCAAGGUGUACAGCAUGACCUUGCUGCUCCUGGGCGUGGUGCUGCUGGUGGCCCAGCCCCAGCUAGUGCUUUCCCAUCCAGCUGUUACCGGCCCAGGUCCCAGGCAGCAAGAGCUUCUGCGGAAGGUGGGUACCCUCCUGGAGGACACUCAAGAAGGUGCAGCACCCAAUGGUUCCACACAGCAGCUACCACAGACCAUAAUCAUUGGGGUGCGCAAGGGUGGUACCCGAGCAUUGCUGGAGAUGCUCAGCCUGCACCCAGACGUGGCGGCAGCUGAGAACGAGGUCCAUUUCUUUGACUGGGAGGAGCAUUACAGCCAAGGCCUAGGCUGGUACCUCACCCAGAUGCCCUUCUCCUCUCCGAACCAGCUCACAGUGGAGAAGACACCGGCCUACUUUACUUCGCCCAAAGUGCCUGAGAGAAUCCACAGCAUGAACCCUGCCAUCCGCCUGCUGCUCAUCCUGAGGGACCCUUCAGAGCGAGUGCUGUCUGACUACACCCAGGUGUUGUACAACCACCUUCAGAAGCGCAAGCCCUAUCCACCCAUCGAGGACCUCCUAGUGCGGGACGGCCGGCUCAACAUGGACUACAAGGCUCUCAACCGCAGCCUGUACCACGCACACAUGCUGAACUGGCUGCGCUUCUUCCCACUGGGUCACAUUCACAUUGUGGAUGGCGACCGCCUCAUCAGAGACCCUUUCCCUGAGAUCCAGAAGGUCGAAAGGUUCCUAAAGCUGUCACCACAGAUCAACGCCUCAAACUUCUACUUUAACAAGACCAAGGGCUUCUACUGUCUACGGGACAGCGGCAAGGACCGCUGCUUACAUGAGUCCAAAGGCCGGGCGCACCCCCAAGUGGACCCCAAACUACUGGAUAAACUACACGAAUAUUUUCAUGAGCCAAAUAAGAAAUUCUUCGAGCUCGUGGGCAGAACGUUCGGCUGGCACUGAUUUGCCUUCAGUUAGGCUCGGAACUUUUCCUGUUGUAACUUCUGGUGUACAUCUGAGGGUGGGGAGGGAAAGAAAUUUUAAAAAGGCAUUUAAGCUAUAAUUUAUUUGUAAAACCCACAAAUGACUUCUGUACAGUAUUAGAUUCACAGUUGCCAUAUAUAGUAGUUAUAUUUUUCUACUUGUUAAACGGAGGGCGUUUUGUAUUGUUUUUCAUGGUUGUUAACAUUGUGUAUAUGUCUCUAUAAUAUGAAGGAACUUAACUAUUGCACUGAAAAAAAAAAGAUUUUUCUGGAGACGUCUUUUUUUUUUUUUUAAAUAUAAUUAACUUGCCUCCAAUUCAAAUAGCUCUCUGUUUGCACCCUCCUUGUCAAAUCUAUAUUCUUUUUCUGCUUAAAAUUUUUUAUGGGCACUAUGGUCUUCUAUUCUUUUUUAAUUUGUUCUUUAAUUUUUACUGUCUCCCUGUGGUCAUCAGAUUAAGUUUUUACUUGCACUUUAAAUUUCCUCUUCACGGUGAGUCUCUAUUAUUUUUGGAAGUGGCAGUUGUACCCAUUCUUAAGUUAGACUGCAUACGUGUUUAACCCCUGUAAGCCUGCAUAUGGGUUUAACCCCAGCAGAUAGCAUAUGGGUUUAACCCCUGUAGCCUGCAUAUGGGUUUAACUCCUAUAGUCUGCAUAUGGGUUUAACCCCUGUUAGCCUGCCUGUAGGUUUUAUCUUUGCCAACCUGCAUGUAGAUUUAACUCAUAUAAAUUUCAAGGGCAGAAGACGGUGCUGAGGAAGGAAACACAGAUGGUAACUGGCAAGAGGUUUCCUAAGAUCCACUUUUGUCUCAGAGGAUAUCUGCAUAUACUUCUGAUCCCAGCAAUGGGCAAAACCCAUAAUAAACAAGAUUACACCCUUGGAUUUCAGAAUGAUCUUGGGGCUGUAAACUUUGCCUUUUGGAGCAAUUGGCCUCUGAAAAACUCCUUAGCAGAGAGAAGGAAACAUGCAAGAUCCCUUUGUGUGUGUCUGUCCAUUCUAUAACUUUCAUGAGGAGCAGGAGUGAGCCUUUGCUCACUCUGAAAUUUGUUUCCUGAAAGAUCAAUAUGCAUUUAUGAUCUUCUCUUUUAUACUCAUAGACAUAUAAACAUAUACACUUCAAAAUCAGUUCCAACGUUGAAGUCCUGAAUAGGAAAGAAAAUUAAAACUCCCAAGGGUUGAGUUAAGAUAUGAAAAAGUCACAACACAAAACUUGUGUGUGCACCUAUACACUUAAAUGGGAGUUUCACUUCUCCCUAGAACAGUCACUUAGCCGAGACUGGUCACAAAAGUCAGUUCUAAGCUCCUGGAUUGUCAUGCAUACCUGUCACUCAGCCUUUUACAAUUAAACAGACUAGACCAUUUCCAUAAGAAAGUAUCAUGUCAUUACAGUAGUAGAAGACAGCAGUACAAAACCAUUUCCUGACAGUUUGUUAGGAAGAAAUGAAACACAAAUAGAUGUUAUUGAGUGUCUUCUCUUUGAGAACUCUCUGAAACUUCCUCCAAGAAAACUCAAGAUGAAGGGGUUACUCUGACAAGUUCAGAGAACAGAGAAUAGGCCCCUAAGCACGAAGGACUUGCUGAAGGUCACACUAUCAGGCUUAGAGCCCAGUGGUAGCCAAUGCAUGAGUAAUCUGUUCCCCAUUUAUUUCCCUCAACCCUGCUUUAUCUGGACUCUAAAGAAAUCAUUCAAACUCAGAGGCAAUGUUUUCCUGACUUGACCUGACAUGUCUUUCCUGGUGCCGAAAGUCUUCCGCCCUAAGAGCUGUGUUUGAGCUAGAGGAAGAGCAAAGGGGAAACACAAUUUUUCUCAGCAGUCUUCUUAGGGAAAUGAAUCACCUUGGUUGUUUUGGCAGUCCCUGCCUGACCAACCUUACUCUGGCCCACACCCCAUUCCUGGCGAGGCCCUGACAGCAAAGAGGAUGCCUUCCUCUGUAGAACCCAAUAGGAUUGUCAUUCAACCACUGUCUCCUCAGAAAGAGGAACAGAACUAUUUAUAGCAAAUUUCUGUAGACUUUGUGAUAUGCAGGGCGCUUUCCUCUGCAACAGUGUAUCUGUGGGUCUUUUAUGCCAUUUAACCUAAAGAAUGAGAAGACCCAGAAAGGUUACAUCAGUUUUCCAAAGCUGACCAGGUAUAUGGUGGCUGAAAGAAAGCUCUAGUGGGAAUUCCUGGUGCCCAAGAAGAUGCCCAGGUGGAGAUGAUAUAGUUGGAGCCUGGUCUCUUUCAGCCAGCGGUGCUGGUUAGGAAUGAGGAAAGUCAGAACUGGCACCAAGGGUAAGCUUAAGCUGUUAGAACUUGUAUAACUAAUGGCAUGGGGUAACACAAUAUAUGUGAUUAGCAGAUAUACAUUCAAUUAAUUGCUUUACUGGGGGGACAGAGUAUUGAUUUGGGGGAUCAUAUUCCUGCAAACCAUCAAGGAAGAUGCCAGGAGUUCCAAUGAGAGCAUAUAUUCAUUCCUUUUUUUUUUAAUCUAUAAAACUCCAGCCGGUCAUCAACACAUUCCAAGGAGCAAAAAACCAUCACUUCCUAUUUUGUGCCAGGUAUUUCUACUCAUCCAAGCCCUGUUACUUUCAGAGAAUGCUGCAAUGGACCCAUGGCCAUUCUUGUCAAAAUGCAGUGAGGCCAGAGUCAAACGGUAUUUGGUUCUUUCUAACUAUGCUGAAUGCCAAUCCUGUUAACAAAGGCCGUUUCCUAAAUGGAGGUGUAGGUUCCUACCCCAGCCAGGUCACAGCCAUCUGAGAGUUCUAGAGAAGCUGAAAGUUGCUGAGCCAAGCACCACCUCUGGGGUUGAACUCACACCUCGUUUGUUAUUCCAGAGUAAGAAUAGCACUGAUUUUCCUUCCUCCAGGAAUUAGGCAGUGUUCAAAUCCUCUUAAUAUUAUGUGACUAUCAGUUAAAAGCCUGGCAAUUGAUUAGUUAAGGAAAAACCAUGAGAGGCCUCUGAACUCAAGCUGCCUUGCUUUUUCUACCCUCAGCAGAAGACACAUGGAGGGUAGAAGAGGCCAGUGCCCGAGAUGUCUGUUGCUUAGAGAUGAGGAGACAAAGGUCAUUAUAUUCAUUAGAAUGACCUUUUUCUUGAGUUCCUAUUAUGUAGCAAGUGUGGUGUUAAUUCUUCAAGAAUAUAAAAUGAAAAGCUAUAGGAAAUAAUAGUCAUGAACUGUAAAGGGUAUUAAUAAGAGGAAAGAAGUACUAAGAAGGCAAGCGAAGUGGCCUUGAGUUGUGUACAGGCUGGACAGGACAAUAUGUUCCAUAGUUUGGCAUUAAUUCAGCCACAUCCCCAGAAGGAAUCAACUAGCCCAUAUUAAGAGGAUGAAUGAAGAAUGAAAAUGAGGUAUGAAGUUUCCUCAUUGCCAAUCCUUUGCUUUAAUUUUUUAGAAGAAAAAAAGGAAUAUUACCUCAAGGUUGCACUAGAGCUAUGACCAAAGCCACUUAAUUCAAAGGUCACCAAGACCCUGUUCUUUCGUAGCAAGGCUUUGUGGAGGAAUUGCCCUGGAGCCAGAAAAUGAAAGCCAUUGAUGUUACCAAAGGGAAACAUCCUGCAUAAGGACAUGUCUUGAAUCAGUAAGUGGUGAUGAGGGCUCGAAAGGAGGUAGGAGAAGCACAGGAAAAGUCUUGUCUAACAAGUGUGUAGCUUGGAUUAAACACAUUAAACCACAAAUAUGUUAUCAGUCAAGUAUAGCCUUGGAAGAUGGUUUCAAGACGAAGGUGCUGAAAGACUCACAGCCCUCCAUAUGUCUUUGACUCCUGUGCAAGUUUAUUGAUUACAUAAGAAUAAUCAUCAUUAUUACAUACCCACUAUGUGCUUGGUAUCUUAAAUACAUUGACUCAAACCUAUAUAUAAACUCUGAGAGAUAGGAAACAGUGCCUUGGUUCACAAAGGAAGAAACUCAAGAUCAGAAAUUAAAGGGUUUUUCUGUAAUGACAGAGAAAGUUAUUUACUUCAUUUGCAUGUUUUUUCUAGUGUCUUGAAUUUGGUCAAUUUCCAUCCAUCCCAUCAUGAGUAAAGGGAAGAAGUAAUGCCUAGAUCACUAUCAAGAGGCAACAUCUAACACAGAGGUUAUAGGGUAUGAGGUUGGACACAGGAGGAUCUGGAAAAGUCACCUCCUAUAGAACUACACAUAUAGGAUGUCCUAAGGUGUGUUGCAACUGGCAGAAGUUAAAAGAAAAAAAUCACUGAGCAUGAGAUAAAGGGCUGACCCAGUAUCCCCCAAUAGCACUGAAUAAGCAGAGGACCCUUAGCCCAUCAUCUCAUUCGGUUGCUUGAUUGAAGUACACUCACAUAAGAAGUAGCCCUGGAUCUUCAGGUCACACUUGUGCCAAGGUAGCUCCAUUUUCCUCAAAUUCUACAGUUAGGUAAAAAGAAAGAAAAAGCAAGUAUAGUCAGGAGACCUGGGUGUAAAUCCAAUUUUGGCCAUGUGGCCUUCAGCUCAAGUUCUCAGAGCCUUAAUUUCUUUUGUUUUUUUGGUAAAAAUGGGCUGAUACUUCACUCAGUAUUGGGGAAAAGUCAAUGAGAUGAACUGCCAAGACCAUCAAGUUGGUGCACAUAUAUGGCUUCACUGUGAACAGGGUUUAGGGAUUUAGGAGACAGACAGGAACUGAUUUUAAAGUAGUCAGCAAAACCUCACUGCCUUUGUUCAUUCACCCACUGCCUAGCUAUGUGACUAUAGGCAUUGCUGUUAGUGGCCCAGGCAGAUCCUAUUUUCCAAAGCUUCUCCAUCUUCCAUCUCCCAUAAAGGCAGACUACUAACAGAUAUACAAAAAUGUGUUCCUGAAGUUUUAUCUUAGCAAAAGUCAUGUCCCCUAGAGAUGGCUGCACCCCCUUCUUGCUGGGAGCAAGUCACUAACGUUUGACUGAUGUGGUAAGCAGGUAGGGGGACUGGGUGGUGAGGGGAACUGCUCAGCUUCUUUGCCUCUGCACAGUUGACUUCGUAGUACAAUGCUGCCAUAUUUCCUCCUGAAAUCAGCCUAUAUCCAGACUUCUAAAAUAAUGUGCUUGUUUGUUUCUUCCCAUACUUUUCUGCUCCUCUCAUUAUGGUCAUUUUUCUUUGUCACCCUACCAUCAGUAAAUGAAUUCCAGCUCAACUUUUGCUUCUAGGACACUUAGCAUCAGAUAGUUAAAUGUGCAUUUAUGUCUUGUUCUAUGUGUAUAAUAGAGUUAAUGCAACCAACUUAUAGAAAUCAUUUCUCCAGUUAAAUAAGGAGUGGGAAACAAGUCUGUUUUAUUGGCUAGCACAUAGAAGGAUUAAACACAACAGAUGAAGUUGUUACCAAGUAACCCUUUUCCUUGGAUUAUGAGACUAUAAUUAAAAUACUGUCAAUGCAGCUAGGCAUGUUGUCACAUGCCUAAAAUCCAGCACUUGUGAGUUUGAGGCAAGAGAAUCACUAGUUCAAAGCCAGCAGGAGCUACAUAGGGAGACCCCAGAACAGGAAAGAAGAAAAAGUGUCCAUACAUCAUUAAAAAAACUUUAGGUUCCAGUUCAUAAAAUUUUGCUGAUAAAACUGCACUGUUCUGAUUUAUUUCUGUACAAUAUUUUUAUUCAUUUGGAAUGUUCCUCUCAGGGUCAGUACAAGGGUGAGUCUUCCUCUUGACUGAAACCUUGUGGUACUUAGCAUUGUGCCUGCCUAGGUAAAAGGUAGAAAGAAUGCACUUGUUUGUUGAUUGGAUGAUGAAUCUUAUCUAGUUGUCAAUCUAAUGUGAAAAUUCUAUCUAUCACAUCCCAGCCACACAGUGUGGCCUCCCUUUGGGAGUCCUUUAUUUGGUCCAGGAACUGCUAGGCACUUAACAAUAUGGUGUUUUAUUCAGUUCUCAAGAAACCCUGGGGAAAUAAGCAAACCAAGUUCUAUGUGUUUGCUUAUUAAUAUAUCGCCAGCAAAUAGUACAAUACUUGGUGUUGGAGUUGCAAAUGUUUAUUAACUAAACAAAUCCUCUUGUUGCCCAGCCUUCUUCUACUCUGUUAUACUCUGCUGCCUCUUGAAUAUUCAACUAGUUGAUAAUUCAGUAUUCUCCUAGGUAACCCAUUAUGUCUUCAAACCGACUAUUGACAUUCAUAUUUCCUGGACUUAAGUUCUCUAGCUUCAGCCCAUGGAUCCAUGAAUGAAUAUUCCUUAAAUCCCAAAUACCUGGAUUUAGAGUUUAAUGUUUAUUAAUUUAUGCAUUUUCUUAUUCACUUGUUGGGUAAGUGAGUAUGCAAUGUUAUAGUUCAUAUUUGGAGGUCAGAAGACAACUUGUGGGAGUCAGCUCUCUCCUUCUCUCAUGUGGGUUCUGGGGAUCGAACUCAGAUCCUCAUGCUUGGGGGCAAUUUCCUCAGCCCAAAUUUAGAGAUUUAGAGCAGCCUUGUUCAUAGCUAUGUGAACUCCAACAAAUUCCUUAAUUUCUCUGAAUUUCCAGCAGGAGAAAUAAUGCCUUGCCCAAAAUAUCUAUGCAUAAUAUAUGAAUAAUAGACAAUUGAACACUUUUGAAGUAAUAAUUCCAUAGUCAUUAGGUAAGUAAAUAUUUCAGUAUUCAUGUCAUCUGACAAGCCUUUGUUACCAUUAAUCUUGUUUAUGCACGAGGAAACCAGAGGACAAUGAUAGCAUUCUCCUAGAUUCCUGUCUACUAAAAAAGAGCCAGAACUCUCUCUGGGUAGUCUCUAGUAUGUGUGGCCUCCAGAACUCUCCUCUGGGCAGUCACUAACCCACUUGAUCUCCAGAACUCUCCCCUGGGUGGUCUCUUGGCCUCCAGAAAUCUCCCCUUGGUGAUCACUAGCACACUUGAUCUCCAGAACACUUCCCAGGUGGUCUUUUGGCCUCCAAAACUCUUUCCUGGGUAGUCUCUAGCACACAUGGCCUCCAGAACUCUCCCCUGGGUACUCUCCAGCACACUUGAUCUCCAGGCCACACUCAGUUUCAAAGAAGAAGAAAGAUUCUUGGCCAGUGGCAAAAGUAAGUGCUAAGAAGUCAAAGAAAGAGGUGAGGAGCUCAGGACAAACACCUCCUGAAAGUUGCUUGCAGAAGGAAUUCUAAAAUGGUCCCAUGAUACACACCCACUUUGGUGUAUAUAUCUUGUUUAGUAACUUCCCCUCACAUCUGAGUAACAUUUGAAAAGAUGUGCAAUUUAUUAUUUUAAUCAGGUUGAUCUGUAUGGAAAAGGCAAUGGUAUGUUAUUUAAUAGGCCAGUUCAAAAAGAGCGAGAGGAGAUAAAGGAUGGAAAGACAGAUACUCCUGGCUUUGUCUGUUAUGUAUGAUAGGACUCUGAGUAAUGGCAAAAUAAAGGACUAUUGUGAAUAGUAGUAGCUAAGAGUAUUUCUAGAAACAUCCAGCAGGAAUGUUUGCAAAAAUCUCAUUUUUCCAACAAAGGUGGGCAGGGAACAAGAUAGUGAUUAGAAAAUGAUCUGGCUGUAACGUUUUGUUCUGGGGAGAACCCCCCAGGGCAGACUUGGGCUCCUGAGUCACCUACAUUGAGCUAAUACAUGUAUGUUGGUUUAACCUGCUGGUAUCUAAUAAUGUGCUUGCCUUUAUGCCAAUACAAAGACUUGAGUCCAUUUUUUUUUUUUUUUUUAGUCCA